UCAGUUUCAAUUUAUCUGUCAACAGAACAACAUCAAUGGAUUAUUGUAAUGAAGGAUAUAGAUAUGCAAUGGGCUGGAAUCCAUUAAUGCUUAAUUUUAUCGGUGCAUGGCCACAAUCAAGCAAUGGAAUUUCAAAAUAUAAAAUAUGGUUCUGUUUUUUUUGUGUUUUAACUUUUAUAUGGAUACCACUAACUGCAAGUAUUUAUCCACUUUGGGGUAAUAUGGAUGCUGUGAUUGAGUGCCUUUCUAUUAGCAUUCCGAUUAUGAUUGCUAUGAUGAAACUCGUAAUUUUUUAUUACUACAAAAAAGAAAUGAAAAUAUUUAUUGACUUAAUCGCUAAAGAUUGGACAAUAACCAGAAAAGACAACGAAAGGAUACCGAUGAUAAAAAUGGCUUAUUUGAGCAGAGUUAUUUCAUUUAUUUCAGUUUUUCUUAUCAACUCAACUAUCAUUGCUUACUUUUUAUUCAAAAUAUGGAUGGCGAUGCAAAUAAAAAAACAACAAAUAAAUCAUGAUUCAAAUGUAGUUAUUGAUCUUCUGUACCCUGCUUACUUACCGUAUUCUACAAGAGAAUUAAAAUAUUAUUUACCAACUUGGGCAAUUCAGUGCUUCACGACAUUUUUUUCACCAACAGCCUAUGGGUCGUUUGACAGUUUCAUGUCAAUGAUUUUGUUGCACAUUUGCGGCCAGUUGGCAAUCAUUGGAAUAUCAAUCAAAAAUCUUGUGAAUGAGACAAAUUUUGAAAAUAUCUAUAAAUUUCGAUGGAGUCUAGGGCAAAUUGUUAAACGUCACGAGGAACUCAAUCAAUUAAUAGAACUUAUAGAAAAUUCAUUUUGCUCAAUUUUGCUUCCACAAAUGCUUGGGUGUACAUUAGCAUUUUGUUUUCAAGGAUACAUGUUAACGAUGAAUUUGGUGGAUAGUGCAAACAAUAAUAUGUCAAUCCUUGAAAUUAUGUUUUUCAGUUCAUAUAUGAUCUACACUAUUUUGCAUCUGUUCAUUUAUUGUUAUAUUGGUGAUUUGCUUUCUUUUCAAAGUACCCUGAUAACUCAGACAUGCUAUGAAAGUAACUGGUUUAAUUUACCUUUUCGAGAAGCGCGUUUGUUAAUGAUGAUCAGUUAUCGUUCUUACAAACCGCUCGCAAUAACAGCCGGAAAAUUUUGUUCAUUUUCCAGACAUCUUUUCAUUGUGAUUUUAAAAACUUCAUUUGGAUAUUUAUCGAUGCUAUUAGCCCAUUCCGAUGAUGAUUGCUAUGAUGAAACUCAAAUAAAAAUAUUUAUUGACUUAAUCGCUAAAGAUUGGACAAUCACCAGAAAAGACAACGAAAGGAUACCGAUGAUAAAAAUGGCUUAUUUGAGCAGAGUUAUUUCAUUUAUUUCAGUUUAUCUUAUCAACUCAACUAUCAUUUAUUACUUUUUAUUCAAAAUAUGGAUGGCGAUGCAAAUAAAAAAACAACAAAUAAAUCUUGAUUCAAAUGUAGUUAUUGAUCUUCUGUACCCUGCUUACUUACCGUAUUCUACAAAAGAAUUAAAAUAUUAUUUACCAACUUGGGCAAUUCAGUGCUUUACGACAUAUCUUCCAACAACAGCCUAUGGUGCGUUUGACAGUUUCAUGUCAAUGAUUUUAUUGCACAUUUGCGGCCAGUUGGCAAUCAUUGGAAUAUCAAUCAAAAAUCUUGUGAAUGAGACAAAUUUUAAAAAUAUCUAUAAAUUUCGACGGAGUCUAGGACAAAUUGUUAAACGUCACAAGGAACUCAAUCAAUUAGUAGAACUUAUUGAAAAUUCAUUUUGCUCAAUUUUGCUCCCACAAAUGCUUGGGUGUACAUUAGCAUUUUGUUUUCAGGGAUACAUGUUAACGAUGAAUUUGGUGGAUAGUGCAAACAAUAAUAUGUCAAUCCUUGAAAUGAUUUUUUUCAGUUCAUUUACGAUCUACACUAUUUUGCAUCUGUUCAUUUAUUGUUAUAUCGGUGAUUUGCUUUCUUUUCAAAGUACACUAAUAACUCAGACAUGCUAUGAAAGUAAUUGGUUUAAUCUACCUUUUCGAGAAGCGCGUUUGUUAAUGAUGAUCAAUUAUCGUUCUUACAAACCGCUUGCAAUAACAGCCGGAAAAUUUUGUUCAUUCUCCAGACAUCUUUUCAUUAUGGUAAUGUCGAUACAGUAUAGCCAAGACUUCAAAGAUGCGCUCGCUUGGAAUCGAACUAGUUUAAAAAUCGUCGGUCUUUGGCCAGAACACGAUGACGGAAUUAUAACUAAAUCACAAGGAUGGUUUUGUGCGUGUUUGAUAAUCAUUAUUAUUUAUCUUCCACAAUCUGCAAGUGUUUAUGUUUAUUGGGGCAAUAUGGACGCGGUUAUCGAGUGUCUCUCCGUCAACGGUCCAGUAUUCAUAACAAUUGUUAAAAUUAUUAUUUUUCGAUACCAUAGAAAAGUGCUGAAAAGAGUUAUUGAUACGAUGGCAGAAGAUUGGAGUAGUUCGAGGAGCAAUGAAGAGUAUGCAGUUAUGCUAAAAACUGCAAGAAUUAGCCGAACUAUUUCCGUGACAUCUACGAUUAUUACUAAUAGUCUUUUUGUUGCAUACAUAUUUUUUAAGAUAUGGGAAGGCUUGGAAAUGUCAAAACGAACUGAUCUAGAUCCACGUCUAUCAGUCGGACUACUUCAUCCUGCAUACUUUCCAUAUGAUACAAAAAAAAUGAAAUUUUUCGUUCCUACUUGGAUCGCUCAAUUGGUUGCAACACUUUUUUCUAUGACUGCAUACGCAGUUUUUGAUACAUUUGUCUCAUGCAUGGUGCUUCACAUUUGUGGUCAAUUAGCGAUCAUUGGCAUAUCAAUACAAAAUCUUAUUAACGAAGAUACCAACAGCGAUCCAAAUUAUUUUUGGAAUAAAUUUUCAAAAACGGUUGAGCGUCACGAAAAAUUUAACGAAUUAGCCAACGUAAUAGAAAACUCAUUCAGUUCUAUACUUCUUCCUCAAAUGAUUAUUUGCACUACCACAUUUUGUUUCCAAGGAUUUGCAAUGAUUACGAGUUUUAUAGAUCCAUUAGCUGGAAAAGUGUCGAUUCUCGAAAUGUUAUUUUCUGUUGUUUACGUAUUUUACACUGUAUUGCACUUAUUUGUUUAUUGUUACGUAGGUGAUUAUCUAUCAUUUGAGAGUUCAAUAAUUGGUCAGUCAUACUACAAAAGCGAGUGGUACAAAUUAUCGCAAGACAAAUCACGAUCCUUAAUGUUUAUUGGUCACCGGGCUCGAAGACCUCUAAAAAUUACAGCUGGAAAAUUUUGUGCUUUCUCACGAAAUUUAUUUAUUAGAAUACUAAAAUCGUCUUUUGGCUAUUUAUCAAUGUUACUUGCUGUAAAAAGAGAUAAAUCGUCUACUUAG